CGAGCCCCCACUUCCCGUCGGCCCCCGCGGGAAGGUCCUGGGGCUCCCCCGUGUCCCCCCAAGACAGGGGCCGCAGGUGCGCCUCGCCAGCUCCCUCCCGGGGGCGGCAGCCGCGCGGCUGCUGAUGGCUCCCAGCCACCUGUCGGUGCGAGAGAUGAGGGAAGAUGAGAAGCCUCUGGUACUGGAGAUGCUGAAGGCUGGCGUAAAGGACACGGAGAACCGUGUGGCCCUCCAUGCUCUGACCCGGCCACCAGCCCUGCUCCUCUUGGCUGCAGCCAGCAGCGGCCUGCGCUUCGUCCUGGCCUCCUUCGCCCUCGCCCUCCUGCUGCCUGUGUUCCUGGCUGUGGCUGCUGUGAAGCUGGGCCUGCGGGCCCGCUGGGGCUCUCUGCCCCCACCAGGGGGCCUUGGGGGCCCCUGGGUUGCUGUUCGGGGCUCUGGUGAUGUGUGUGGUGUGCUGGCACUCGCUCCCGGCACCCAUGCGGGGGACGGUGCUCGGAUUACCCGCUUGUCGGUCUCUCGUUGGCACCGCCGCCGGGGCGUGGGCCGGAGGCUGCUGGCCUUUGCUGAGGCCCGGGCUCGUGCCUGGGCCGGAGGCAUGGGGGAGCCUCGAGCCCGGCUGGUGGUCCCCGUGGCCGUGGCAGCUUGGGGGGCGGCAGGGCUGCUGGAGGGCUGUGGUUACCAGGCUGAGAGUGGCUGGGGCUGCCUGGGCUACACGCUGGUGAGGGAGUUCAGCAAGGACUUGUGACGCAACCUCCGUGUGUCUUCUCAUGGCCACGAGGGGUGCAGGAAGGGAGGCCCGCACGGAAUGGGCACUUGUGAGCCAGGCACCUUGCCUUCUUUGCUCCCUCAUGGCUUCCCCGACCCUCCCAACGCAGACCUGCUGAGGGCUAAAGACCCAGACACCCCUUCACCCAGUGCCCCAGUGCUGUCCCUCCCCCCCUCCCCUGGUGGUGUCUGAACUCAGAGCAGAAUGGCUGUCUGAGCUCACCCCACCCACCCUGCCUCAGACUGCAUGGGAAGUCUGUUUGUCUGUCCAUCCACAGACAUGGGAGGGAUAUUUGGGGGAGGGGAGAGUUAAAAUUUGGCACAAGGUCCCCACUGGUGGGCACAGGGCCUUUGGAUCAUCUGGUUUUUUACACCCAUU